AUGUUCAAGACGACGGCGCGGCUCCAGUCGGAGCAGUGGGGGGUGCAGGAGCACGAGCAGCUCAUGAAGUACAUCGAGCUGGCUGGCACCUACGACCAGCUGGACCUCAGCAACUGUGCUUUCGCCGAGGCGAUCUUUCGGCGGGCGCAGGCUAUCGAGUGGAGCUACCACGAUCGGUUGCGGGAGGCCGACUCAGCCAGCUCCAAGGACAAGAUGAGUCCCGAGGAGUUCUCGGCCUUCAGCGGCUUCAGCAAGGCUGGGGACCUGCUGACGGCGGCCCCCACGUGCGGCCGCCCCCGCAGAGGUGGCUGCAGAGGAGACCGAGUUGCCGCGCGGUGCCUCCGGCUGCCGCUGAGGCCGUCCGCGCAUUGCGGCGGUGCGGGCUGCGGGCAGGCGCAGGCCGGGAGCGUCCAAGACACGCUGGGGCCGGCCCGGCCAGUGCUGCCGCGGACCCGGGCUCUCUGCCCGUGCAGGGGCGUGCACACGUGCAGCCCAGAACCCUCGGUGGGCGAUUUGACUUUCGUCUUGCAGACCUGUUGCGACGACGAGCUUGACAAGAAGCGGACGUUCGUCAAGGCUUACGCGAGCUCGUCGGGCUCCGCCACGCUGUCGGACGACGAGGCGGACGCGAUCAUCUUCGACUGCGAGGUGUGGUACCUCGGCACCCACUGCGGGGGACCUCUCGAGCUGUGGGAGGCCCUCAGCGAGCCCGAGGAGUGGCUGCAGUUCUUCCGCGCCUGCGAGGCCUUCGUGCCCUGCGCCCGGGCCUGCCCGGAGCUGCGGGAGGCGGUGCUCGAGAAGGGCAUCGUGCAGUACGUCAGGGAGCUCGAGGUGCUCCUGAGACCGGACGUGCCGCUGGUGCUCUGCCCCGCCCACGAGGACGCCGCGCACGAGCGCUUCCUGCUCGAGGCCGACGGCUGCGUCUGCUGCGAGGCGCGGCGCGACCUCGUGCUCGGCGCGGCCGCCGGGGGCGCGGUCGUCCUCGUGAGGCGCGACGACGCGCGCCGCCUCGUCCUGGUGCCGCGGCACUCGGGGCAGCCUGGCGGGCAGCUCAGGCUGGCCCUCGCGUCGCACGCGGGCCUCGGCCUGUGCCCCGCCGCGCACGCCCGUCUGGUGGGGCCCGGGCCCGGCCUCACCACCGGCGGCCCGGUGCAGCCCGUGGUGCUGGGCACCGCGGAUUGGGCCAUGGUGGCGACUCUGGACGGCGCCCGCCUCGGCCCGGUCCUGGGGCCGGCCGGGGCGCCGCCGCGGGUGCUGCACGCGGGGGACCCCGUGCAGGAGCUCGGCAUCCGCCUCAAUAGAGCGCUGUGGUUCGCCUCCGAGGAGGGCGACGUUGAGGAGAUGGAGGAGCUUGUGAAGCAAGGUGCAGACGUGAACUGGGCGAACAACGAGUCCAUGGGGCACCCUGCUGCUAGAGAAGGCCACUUGGACGCCUUGGAGUUCCUGCUCGCGCGCGGCUUCGACGUCAACAGGAGCGGUAAGGCAGGCGGCUCCACGCUGAUCGAGGCGGCGACCUACGCCCACGUCGCCAUCGUGCGGAGGCUGCUGGCCGUGCCGGGCUUGCGCCUCGGCACGCUGGAGGCCGCCCACCGCGCGGGGAACGCGCGGGCCCCCGACGGUUUCAGGAGCCAGAUCAUUCGUACGGAGUUCUGGUGCUGGUGGUUCCUGCUGCUCUCAUGA